AUGCAAUACAAGAAAACCUUAGCCUCCGCUGCUCUAGCCACCACUGCCCUGGCUGCUUAUGCUCCAUCUGAACCAUGGUCCACUUUGACCCCUUCUGCUACUUUCAAGAGUGGUCUAACUGACUAUGCUUCUACUUUUGGUAUUGCUGUUGAACCAAUCACUACUGCUGUCAACAGUACCACUUCUACCUCCAAGGCUAAGAGAGAUGCUGUUUCUCAAAUCGGUGACGGUCAAAUCCAAGCUACUACUAGAACUACCACUACUCUAUCUAAGAAAUCUACAGCUGCUGCCGUCUCUCAAAUUGGUGAUGGCCAAAUCCAAGCUACCACUGCUACCAAGAAGACCGCCGCUGCAGUCUCUCAAAUCGGUGAUGGUCAAAUUCAAGCUACCACCAAGACUACCGCUGCUGCCGUUUCUCAAAUCGGUGAUGGUCAAAUCCAAGCUACUACUGCUACCAAGAAGACUGCCGCUGCCGUCUCUCAAAUCGGUGAUGGUCAAAUCCAAGCUACCACCAAGACUACCGCUGCUGCCGUCUCUCAAAUCGGCGAUGGUCAAAUCCAAGCUACUACUGCUACCAAGAAGUCUACUGCUGCCGCUGCUUCUCAAAUCGGUGACGGUCAAGUUCAAGCCACUACAAAGGCCACCUCCACUACUACUGGCGCUGCCACAACCAAAACCACUCAAGCUGCUACUAACCCAUCUGACCCAGUUUCUGCUCAAUCAUGUAAGAACGAUGGUACUCUAUCUAUGACUUUAAAAGAAGGUAUCUUAGUUGAUGGUAAGGGUAGAAUCGGUUCCAUUGUUGCUAACAGACAAUUCCAAUUCGAUGGUCCACCACCACAAGCCGGUGCCAUCUACGCUGCUGGUUGGUCCAUGACUCCAGAAGGUAACCUAGCUAUUGGUGACAACGAUGUUUUCUACCAAUGUCUAUCUGGUAACUUCUACAACUUAUACGAUGAACACAUUGGUUCUCAAUGUACUCCAGUCCAUCUAUCUGCCAUUGAUUUGGUCGACUGUUAA